AUGACAUUCAUUAUUAAUUGUGGUUCAAAACCAAAAUUAGAAAGUAAAUUAAAAGUAAAAGAUUUAAAUAAUGUGGUUGUUGGUGAUGGUAAAAUACCACCCUCAGAGCGAGAACGCCGCCUCAAAAAGUGGACCUCAACAAAAAGAGACAAUAAUAGGAAUGUAUCAAAAAAACAUGGAAACAAGGAGAAUCAUAAAAUGAAAGAAUCUCAGAAAGAAAAUAUAAACAACAAGGAUGAUUUAGAUAAAAAAUCUUCAUCUAAACGAAGUUCUCAGAAUAUUAGUAAACCAGUGAUAAUUGAAAAAGAAAAAAAUCAAAAGAUUAAAGAAAAAAAGUUGGUGAAAAAGAUAUUUUACAAUGAAAUUGAAGAACUACCAGUAUCAAAUCAUAUUAAAAAGGAUAAUCAAAACGAAGAAAAUCCCAAUAAUCCUGAAGAACCAGCUACAGCAUCGGAAGAUGAUAAAGAACAAUUACAAAAUAAUUUACCAAAAGAAGUAGAACAUAAAGUAGAGUCAAAUGCUAAAGAGGAUUUACAAAAUCAAGGAAACAAUUUACAAGAAGAAGAAGAAAUAUUUGUUGAACCUUAUAAUAAAGAAAUACAAAACAACAAUUGUUCAGGUACAUUAAAAAUUUCCCCUCCACCGUUAAAUCAAAUUGAUGUUUCUUUAUUUCCAUUACAACAAAAAACUCCAUCAAAAAAGAGUACACUUCAGCUUGACAAAGAAAAACUUCAAAAAGCACUAAAAUUAAAAAAUCCAAAAAAUUUUUUAAACAAAACCCAAAAUUCUAAAUCAGAAAAAAUUAAUAUUGAAAUGGAUGGAAGUAAGGAAGCUAAACUAGAUGUACAUAUGUUAGACAUUGUUGACGAGUAA